GUCGCUCGCGCCCGGCUGGGCGGCCGGGCCGGCGCUCCGUGUGCCGGACGCUCGUCGCCUUCUUGCGCCCACCCACUAUGCUUGACUACGACCAGGUCACCGCCUUCCUGGGCGAGUGGGGCCCCUUCCAGCGCCUCAUCUUCUUCCUGCUCAGCGCCAGCAUCAUCCCCAAUGGCUUCAGUGGACUUUCCGCCGUCUUCUUGGCCGGCACCCCCGAGCACCGUUGCCGGGUGCCGGCCAGCGCCAACUUGAGCGCCGAGUGGCUCAACGCCAGUAUCCCGCUGGAGGUGCGCGACGGGCGGCAGGUGCCCAGCCGCUGCCGCCGCUACCGCCUCGAGGCCCUGCUCAACUUCUCUGCCGCCGGCCUGCAGCCCGGCCGCGACGUCAACCUCAGCCAGGUGGAGCAGGAGAAGUGCCUGGACGGCUGGGAGUACAGCCAAGACCCCUACCUCUCCACCAUCGUCAGCGAGUGGAACCUUGUCUGUAACCAGGACUGGAAAUCACCGCUAACUACCUCUUUGUUCUUUGUGGGUGUGCUGCUGGGAUCCUUUGUGUCCGGUCAGCUCUCAGACAGGUUUGGUAGGAAGACUGUACUCUUUAUAACAAUGGGGAUUCAGACUGGCUUUAGCUUCCUCCAAGUCUUCUCAACAAGCUGGGAGAUGUUUUCCAUCCUCUUUCUCAUUGUUGGAUUGGGGCAAAUCUCUAAUUAUGUAGCAGCAUUUGUACUUGGUACCGAAAUUCUGGGCAAAUCAGUCCGUAUUAUAUACUGCACUUUAGGUGUUUGCAUAUUUUAUGCAUUUGGCUACAUGUUCCUGCCACUGUGUGCUUACUUCAUCAGAGACUGGCGGAUGCUGCUACUGGCUCUUACUGUGCCUGGGCUGCUGUACAUUCCACUGUGGUGGUUCAUUCCUGAAUCCCCUCGGUGGCUACUGUCUCAGGGAAGGAUUCAGGAAGCGGAAGACAUCAUCCGGAGAGCUGCAGCAAAGAACCAUGUGACGGCACCAGCAGUAAUAUUUGAUCCUGUUGAGAUCCAAGAUUUUAAUUCCCAGGACCAGAAGACAUACAACAUUUUGGACAUAGUGAGGACCCAAAACAUACGUUCUGUCACUAUCAUGUGUGUAAUUUUAUGGAUGGUCAUUUCCAUAGGCUACUUUGGCCUGUCUUUGGACACUCCUAACUUGCACGGAGACAUCUAUGUCAAUUGCUUCCUUUCGGCAGUAAUAGAAGUCCCAGCUUAUAUCAUGUCUUGGCUGCUCCUCCAGCAACUGCCCCGGCGAUAUUCAAUGGUAGGAAGCUUGUUCUUAGGAGGCUGUGUCCUUCUCUUCAUUCAGCUGGUGCCUACAUACCUCAGUGUUGUAUCUAUCAUCUUGGUGAUGGCUGGAAAGUUUGGGAUCACAGCUUCCUUUUCCAUGGUUUAUGUAUAUACCGCUGAGCUCUACCCAACAGUUGUGAGGAACAUGGGAGUUGGUGUUUGUUCAAUGGCCUCCAGAUUUGGCAGCAUCUUCUCACCUUACUUUGUAUAUCUUGGUGCCUAUGAUAGAUUUCUUCCAUACAUUUUAAUGGGAAGCUUGACAGUGCUUGCAGGAAUCCUGACCCUGUUUCUCCCAGAAACUUAUGGUAUACCUCUCCCAGACACCACUGAGCAGAUGCUAAGGGUUAAAGGAAUUAAAUACAGAAAUGCAUCUAAAAGCCAAAUGAGCCCAAAUGAUAAAGAAGAAAAUUCAGUGAUCCUAAAAACCACAUCUUUGUGAUGAAACUGCCUUCCAUACUAUAGUAUGAACUGAAAAGUACUCAAUCAACCCUUUAAUUUACUCCUAGAAAGAACUUUUUCCUAUGACAAUGCACUUAUUUAUUAAAUUACAUUCAGUUUUGUGAAUGUAGAUACUGUAUAUCCCACUGUGGGAUCUCAGCAAGCAACUGGGUAAGUUCUGCGGGACAAUGUCAGAUCUCUUGGCCCAUUUAUAAGAUAAAUGGGGGAGCAGGGCAUGGUUGAAAUUCAGUGAACAUUGGCCAAAAGUGAAGAGUGUUAUGGAGUUCCAGUACUGCCAUGCGUCAACAUACAACUUGGGAUGCUGCUUCUGUUUGUUCAGAAAACUUGAAGCAUCAAAAGUUGUGGGUAAUAUCAGGAUUAGUAGACAUGAAAUAAACCCUAUACAAAUGAUUUUAUGCAAUAAAGUCAGAAGAAAUCAACGCUGAAUCUUUUUAUCAACAUUUGAUGUAGAGACAGAAACACAGUUUUCAUAUGCAAGACAUUGGCAGUUUAGUUUUGUUUGCAAAACUAUUUUACUUAGUUAAGGUGUAGUUUUAAAUACCACUAGUACAUUUCUUUACAUCUGAGAAUGAUGUUUUGCCUUAUUUAGGCAUAUACCUUUUUUUAAUAAACAGAUCAAGUUGCAUCUAAUUUUUUUCUCUUUCAGUAUUCGAUUAGUUAAGUUGCCUCUAAGUUGCCUCUAACUCUGAAAUGAAUGCAUACCUGUAUUUCCGAGUUCUCUAAUUUUUACUGAACUCUGCCUGAAAUACUUCAUACUAAAGGCCCAGUCCUAUGCAGGCUUAGGCAAAAAAAUGUCCUACAUCUCCCAGCGUGCUGCAGCCAGCAGAACUGGCGCGGACUUGAAGGGCUUUUUACCAUCUAAGCUUCCAAAGCCUGGAUUCAUUCUGUGCGGAGCAGAAGGUGCAGCAGUGGCCCUCUUGGCGAGCCUGCACCUCACGCCCUGCGUGUCAGCUGGGUUGCUUUGUUCAGCCACUGAGGUGAAUUACCAUGGAGGGGAAAGGAAGGAGGGAGGGGCAACAUUGGGAGACGGCCUCAUUCUUGCCUCCCCCCAUCACAGCCCAUGAUCCCUCUUCAGUGCUGAUUUCCAGACACACAGACUAGCACAGUUCCUUCCAUGCUCGCUGCAAGCAGGGCAGACCGGGCCUCUGCAGGUAGAAUCCCAGCUGCACAGUUGGAGGAUCUCAGAGCUGGGGCUCCAGAUAACCUAUGGUCAGGGCCAUGGGACUGUGCCCAAACUGUGUUACAAUGCAGAAUUUUAUUAUUUUAACUAAAUGUGCUGAUUUCAACUUGCCUAAAGCCCUAACAUUGCCUUUACAGUAAGCAUAGAGUUUGUUACUUUAAAGGAGUAUCAUGAAAUUACAAAAAAAGUGUAAUGCCUUAACCGUUGUGACAAAACUACCAUGAAAUUUUGUCCACCAAUACUAUGAUGAUCCAUUGGUUACUCUUCUUUAAAUAAAACCUGUAACUGGAAUUACAUUAAACAUUGAAUUACAUUGUGACAGGCUUAUAUUACCUGUUUUGAUCUAUAUGGGGUCCAUUUUGAAAUAGUUUUAAGAAAUAUAUGGUAACAUCAGAUUAGACUUUGUUUUAAUAAUUUGUCAGCAUCCUUGGAAUUUAUCACAGGUGAUAUAUAAAUGCCUUUAAAUAAGCAAGAUCCCUUUGUUUAAUUACCAAGGUUCAUAGAGAACCCUUCAGUAAUGCAGCCAUUUACAAUCAUUCCAAAAAUAAUAUCACAUGAAAAUUACUAUCUUAUAAACACAGCACUCCUUCCUAUUUCCCUAAAGACUGCUGCUGCUGUUAAUAAAGCAUAUCAGUUCAGGAAGCACUUGUUGGUACCUUCAUUAGACAGUUGGACUUUACAUUUUUAGGUUGUGAAAUUAGGAAGCACUACAAAUUUCCCAGCACUAAAAUACCUAAAUCCAGUUUCUUAGAAACAGCUACUCUAGUCCCAGUAAGACUAACUUAUAUUCCUAUGAGCUACUGUGGUGUAGCAUCUGCACUUGUGCUAAAGAUGGUGCCCAUGGCAUCACUACCAGGUAUAUGCAGAGUCCUUCGCUUAACACUCUUGGAAAGGUUUAACAGAACAAUCCCAUUGAACCUUAGAGAACAUUGCAAGGGCUAAAGGAUAUUGUGGAUUUCUCCUGUUGAUUGUAGGCUGUGUUCUCCAGAGAGGAAUAGCCAAGCAAAGAUUUCCUGAUGUAACCUCAAAGAGAAUCAGGGAGGAAGAAAGGGAGAAAGGGUGUGGAGGAGAGCAGAAGAGUGGUGCAGAUCCACUCCAUGCAGCAGCCUCUCUGUUGCCACCCCCACCCACCAGGCAGUGAGGAAGCUAGACCGGCUGCAAGCAAUGUGCCUGCAAAGUGCUCUUGCGAUUGUGGCCUUUGUAUAUGAAAGUUGCAUUUUCAUCAGAUUCCUGUUAAAAUACUCAUCAUUGAUUUUGAAAGUGUGUUCAUUUGAUAUUUUCCUAUUGAUUGAAUACAUUAUUCAUUCCAAAUAAAACUAUUCUUUAAAAAACCUGA